CAGCGGUAUACAGUUGAAGAAUGUGACAUAUUUUCAAAAUCAAACGGAUUAUUGGUUUACUUUACGCGCUGGAUGAAGCAAUGCAUGGCGAAAUGAAGUUAAUAUGAUGGACGCCGGAAAACGUCUGAUUUGCUUAACAAUUUUUGGAUUUGCCUAUCGUGCUACAAUCAACUAAUUUACAUCUAUCGAGGUUACAUAGUGACUGUCUGUCAUGAGAUCCUCGGCCUCCCGCUUGUCAAGUUUUUCUUCAAAAGAUUCUUUAUGGAACCGGAUGCCGGAUCAGAUAUCGGUAUCCGAGUUUCUCUCCGAGACGACGGAGGAUUACAACUCUCCAACGACGUCCAGUUUCACCACACGUCUGCAGAGCUGCAGGCACACGGUCAGCGUUUUGGAAGAGGCUUUGGACCAGGAUCGCACGUCACUGCAAAAGGUUAAGAAGUCUGUGAAGGCCAUCUACAGCUCUGGCCAAGAGCAUGUGCAGAAUGAGGAGAACUAUGCGCAGGCGCUGGACAAGUUUGGCGGGAACUUCAUGAGCCGUGACAACCCCGACCUGGGCACCGCCUUCGUCAAGUUCUCCACCCUCACCAAGGAGCUCACCGCCCUCCUCAAGAACCUGUUGCAGAGCCUGAGUCAUAAUGUGAUCUUCACGCUGGACUCCUUCCUGAAGGGGGACCUGAAGGGAGUGAAGGGGGACUUGAAGAAGCCCUUCGACAAGGCUUGGAAGGACUAUGAAACCAAGUUCACCAAGAUUGAGAAGGAGAAGCGUGAGCACGCUAAGCAGCACGGCAUGAUCCGCACGGAGAUCACAGGAGCCGAGAUAGCAGAGGAGAUGGAGAAGGAGAGACGCCUCUUCCAGCUGCAGAUGUGUGAGUACCUGAUCAAAGUGAAUGAGAUCAAAACCAAGAAAGGAGUGGACCUUCUGCAGAACCUCAUCAAGUAUUACCAUGCCCAGUGCAAUUUCUUUCAGGAUGGUUUGAAAACUGCUGACAAGUUGAAACAGUACAUCGAGAAGUUGGCUGCUGACCUCUACAAUAUUAAGCAGACCCAGGAUGAGGAGAAGAAGCAGCUGACUGCGCUGAGGGACCUACUGAAGUCUUCUCUGCAGCUAGACCAGAAAGAGGACUCCCAGAGUAAGCAGGGUGGCUACAGUAUGCACCAGCUGCAGGGCAACAAGGAGUUUGGCAGCGAGAAGAAAGGCCAUCUCAUGAAGAAGAGCGAUGGGUUGAGGAAGGUGUGGCAGCGAAGGCAGUGUUCAGUGAAGGGAGGGAUGCUCACCAUCUCCCAUGCCACAUCCAACAGGCAGCCAGUGAAGUUGAACCUGCUAACGUGCCAGGUGAAGCCCAGUCCGGAGGACAGGAAGUGCUUCGACCUCAUUUCCCAUAACCGCACAUAUCACUUUCAGGCUGAGGAUGAACAAGAGUUUGUCAUCUGGAUCUCGGUGUUGACCAACAGCAAGGAGGAGGCGUUGAACAUGGCGUUCCGGGGGGAGCAGGGCGGGGGAGGGGAGAGCGGCCUGGAGGACCUCACCAAGGCCAUCAUAGACGACGUCCUGCGCACACCUGGCAACGACGUCUGCUGCGACUGCGGAGCGGCGGAUCCAAAGUGGCUGUCCACCAACCUGGGCAUCCUGACGUGUAUCGAGUGCUCGGGCAUCCACAGGGAGAUGGGCGUGCACAUCUCACGCAUCCAGUCCAUGGAGCUGGACAAGCUGGGCACGUCCGAGCUCUUGCUGGCCAAGAACGUUGGGAACAGUAGUUUUAAUGAGAUCAUGGAAGGGAACCUCCCUAGCCCCUCUCCGAAGCCAACCCCAUCCAGCGACAUGACGGUGAGGAAGGAGUACAUCAAUGCAAAGUAUGUGGACCACAAGUUCGCCCGUAAGACCUGCAGCUCCGCAGCGGCCAAGAUGAGCGAAUUGCACGAGGCCGUCAGGUCACGUGACCUGCUGUCCCUCAUCCAGGUGUACGCGGAGGGGGUGGAGCUAAUGGAACCCCUGCCUGACUCCGUACAGGAGGCUGGGGAGACGGCGCUCCACUACUCGGUGCGGACGGCUGACCACACCUCUCUACACCUGGUGGACUUCCUGGUUCAGAACAGUGGGAACCUGGACAAGCAGACUGAGAGAGGGAACACGGCUCUCCACUACUGCUGCAUGUACGAGAAGCACGAGUGCCUCAAACUGCUGCUGAGGGGGAAACCAGCCACCGACAUACCCAAUCAGAACGGCGAGACUGCGCUGGAUGUUGCUAGGCGAUUGCGGAACAGCCAAUGCGAGGAGGCGUUGGUGCAAGCUGCUGCAGGGAAGUUCAACCAGCACGUGCAUGUGGAGUACGAGUGGAACCUGCGACUGGAGGAGCUGGAUGAGAGCGAUGACGACCUCGACUACAAGCCGAGCCCGAUCAAGAAGGAUCGCUCCCCGCGUCCGCAGAGCUUCUGCCACUCCUCCAGCCUGUCCCCGCACGACAAGCUGUCUCUGCCCAGCUUCCUGGGCUCGCGGGACAAGCAGCGCCUCUCCUACAGCGCCUUCACCAAUCAGAUGUACAGCGCCUCCACGGACACGCCCCCCUCCCCCGGCACCGAUGCCCCGCCCCUGCCGCCACGCAACGCCGGCAAAGCCACCCCGUCUCCCUUCACCCUCCCCGCCAACGCCACCCCGUCCCCGGCCGGAGGAGGAGGAGUAGUAGGCACCACCAACAGCACCUCCACCUUAUCCAAGAAGAGACCUCCUCCCCCUCCCCCCGGGCACAAGCGCACCCUGUCCGACUCCCACACCCCUCUCUCCCACGCACCCCCCAGCAGAGGCAUACUGCCCCUGGGGGAACCCAUUGGGCUGGCAUCCAGAGAAUCAGGGAGCGACUCCACACCACCGCCUGUCAACAAAAUGUCUCCUAUCUCAAACAAGUUUGAGGGCAUUCCACAGGAGCAAAGCACUACAUCCUGCAACACGAAAUCUACACUUGGCCCAAGGGUUCUUCCCAAACUACCUCAAAAAGUGGCACUGCGAAAGAUUGACACCAUCCACCACCCAUCGGUGGACAAACCCAGCCAACCUCCUGAGGUCUUCCAGAAGUCUCCCGAGGUGUUCCAGAAGUCUCCUGACGUGUUCCAGAAAUCCCCUGACGUGUUCCAGAAGUCUCCAGAAGUAUUCCAGAAGUCUCCGGACGUGUUCCAAAAAGUAACACCACCUCAGGCCCCCGAGCCGCCCCACAAGGCCGAUAAGCCACACCUGAGCGACCUCCCUCCCAAGCCACAGCCGUCAGACCUGCCCCCCAAGCCCGGAGAACUGCCCCCCAAACCCCAGCUGUCCGACUUGCCCCCCAAACCCAACUUAGGAGACCUACCGCCCAAGCCCCAGCUGAAGGAUCUACCCCCUAAACCUCAGCUAGGGGACCACUCCCCGCGACCCUUGCCCGUGGACCACAGCCACAAACCACCACCGCCGUCUGUGGACGCGGGUCCCAAGCCGCCGCCCCCCGAGUCACCAGCAGCCAAUCAGCAUGCCGAUCCCCCUCCACAUCCCGCCCCUCCCUCCAGCGAGGACACCAAUGGGAGCCCGGUGUCUGCUCCGGAGACACCUGUGCCGCUGCCCAGGAAGAUCAGUGUGGCAAAGGCAAAAACCCGGCGAGUGAAGACCAUCUACGACUGCCAGGCGGAUAACGAUGACGAGCUGACCUUUGUGGAGGGAGAGGUCAUUAUUGUCACUGGGGAGGAGGACCAGGAGUGGUGGAUCGGGCACAUUGAAGGGCACCCGGAGAGGAAAGGAGUGUUUCCAAUGUCCUUCGUCCACAUCCUGUCCGACUGACAGCACGGCAACGCCGGCCGACGAUGAGACCCAUCCCCUAUCUCCCCCAUCCCCCUCCACACCUGGCGUGUGUCUCUACCCCGCCCAUCCUGAGCCACACCUCUGGUCACCGAGGGCAACACUGUAAAUAGCUGCUGGGAUGAGCGAGCAUGAAGAUCAACGUUAAAAAAAACCCAGCCCAACAUACGAAGACCACAACACCACACAACACAGCACCUGGACACAGUCACCCGCCCUCGCCUCAGUCUCGCUCACAAACAUACAAAGCUCACCAAACCUCCCACCAACUGACCCCCACCGAACCUUCCCGCCCCUCAACUGACAAAACCUGACCACCCCGUACAAGACAUGGAGCCCAUGCUGCAUCUCCACUGUUGUGGAGGUCUGGUGUGCGUAAGUGUAGUCUGUGGACAUGACAGAAUAGCUUCUCUGCUGACAAACAGUAUUCCCACCCAAACCCCCCCAAAAGUCCCUCUGGGUCGACCAGCCGGCGGCCUGGCCCCUCUGACCCCCCAGCACUUACCGCACCAGGCUCACUUGUACUGUUACUGAGUGUGUAUAUAAAGUAUAUAUAAACUGAAUGUACAUAUAUUAGGUGUGUGAGGAGUGUAUGUGUGUACGUGUGUGUGUGUGUGUGUGUGUGUGUGUGCGUGCGUGUGUGUGUUUGUGUGUGUAUAUACUUGCCUGUGUUUGUGUAUUUUUUUGGGGAGGGCUUGUGUGGGAACAAGUGCAUAAUGGAUUGAUUGGUGUUCUUUGCCCUCUUCUCCUUCUAAACCACUCAACUGGGGCCCUCCUGUGGACCCUCUGACGGGUAUGUGUGCAGUAUUAGAUGUGGACUUGGGGACCUUCGCUUGUGGACAUCAAGGAUAUGGCCACAGAGGGUCCAUGUCACCCCCCCAGUCCCCUGUGGCGGUCUGCUGAUGUCCCGCGGGACGUCAACGGCCUCUGGGGAUCAUAGUGUUUUUGUUUCCGUUUUUGUUUUGUUUUGUUUUGUUGUUGUAGUUUUUGUUUGUUUAGUUUUGAGUUCAAAUGAAGCAUCUCUAUCUCUAUCUCUCUCUCUUAACCUUACCACUAUAGCACGUCCGCAGAUGAGAUGCUUUAUGUUUCAUUAUGUGUUUGUAGUUCUCGCUUGCUUUUUGUGUGUGUUUAAAAAAAAGUAAUAAUGAUUCUGUGACAUCCACUGUAGUGGGAAGCUUUUUGCUUUUUGUUCUGUUUUUUCUUUUUUUCUCAAAAGAGGAAAAAUUGCCUGUGAAGUCCGAAGGUGGAUGCAGGCUAGCUACAGACACCAGCAACACACACACACACACACACACACACACACACACACACACACACACACACACACACACACACACUGACCCAGGAUCUCUCUCUGUCGUUGUCCCUGUGAAUUAUUGCAGUAUGUGUACAGUUCUGGGAUCAGUCCUUGGGUGCAAGCCAUUUCCCCAAACUCUCGCUCUUUCCUCCGUCCUGUCCUUGUCGGUGACUGGGGUAAAGUCAGUUUCAUAGUGGACAUUCAUUUUACAUUCAAACUACAUGAUGUACGUAUAUCAUGAAAAUAAAUUAAGUAUUGUGGCAUAUGAGGGAAUAUGUCUCUGUUCCUUAAAGUUGAUUUUACAAAAGUUUUCCGUUUUCAGAUACACCACAUUUGUAGAUUAAAUGUAAAAUGAAUGUCCAAUAUCAAACUAACUUUUAGCCCAAGUCAAUAAUUAGGACAGAGGAGAGGAUGCAAGUUUGAAGAAAUGACUUGCACCCCCUUGUCUAUCCCACCUACCCACUCACAGUUUCUGGAAUUGCCUGUCUCUUUGUCUAUGCUGCGUUUUACACUGUGUAUUUCAGCUGGUCACAAGCAUUUAUCUCCAAUGAGAUUUCACUUAAACUAAAGUCGUUAGGAAACUUUUAGCACACCAUGUACCUUGCUUUCUCCAUCAGUGUUCUGAAAAGUAUGUCGAGCGGGUUUGGAAUGGCAAACUGGAAAAGAUAGUUCCAUGGGAGAUUUGUGAAGGAGUUUACAUUAACAUUUGGGAGCUCACUGGCUAUGUAAAACAUGAUUCCCAUCUUCAUAUGUCGUGAUUUGUUGUAUUUUAUUGUUUUACCAUGAUUAUAUUUUAAAGAGUCUUACCAGGCCAUACAUUACCAUCACAAAAAACAUGAGUUGAGAAGAGAUGGUGGUACAGUGCAUGACUUGGCAGGGCAAUGAGCACAUCUGUACAAAUGUUGGAUUACAUGGUCUUUCUGGUUACCCAAUUAAAAACAAUUGUCAAAUGA